AUGUUCGGGCUACUUAGGCCGCAGGUCUCUAUACAGAGGAGCAUUCCCCGCCUCUGUAAUUUCGCCCGGCGUAUGUCUAGUCAAAAUAAGCUUGUGCUAUCCUACGACCUGCACGAGCCUAGUAAGCAACCGGCCGGGACAUCUACGAGUCCCAUUAUCUUCCUCCAUGGGCUAUUCGGCUCGAAGAAAAACAACAGAAGCAUCAGCAAAGUUCUUGCUCGUGACCUGGGUCGCCCAGUCUACGCGUUGGACCUUCGCAACCAUGGCGAAUCACCCCAUGACGGACAACACGACUAUGUCCACAUGGCGGACGAUGUUGCCGGCUUCAUCGACCAGCAUGGCCUGGAGCAGCCUACCGUCAUUGGGCAUUCGAUGGGAGCCAAAACGGCCAUGACUCUCGCGUUGAAAUCGCCCGGUCUUGUGCAGAACAUCGUAGCGGUUGACAACGCGCCGGUGGACGCCAUCCUGGAGAGCUCGUUUAGCAAAUACAUCCAAGGUCUGAAAAGAAUCGAAGCUGCCGGCAUCACCAGGCAGGCUCAGGCGGACCAGAUUCUCCAGGAAUAUGAGAGCUCGCUCCCUAUUCGCCAGUUUCUCCUCGGAAACCUGCAUCGUCCACAGCCCGACAAACCGCAACAAAAGUUUCGCGUGCCACUAGAUAUCAUCAGUAGGUCUUUGAACCACAUGGGCGACUUCCCGUACAAGGAUCCGACAAAAGUACGGUUUGAAAAGCCUGCCCUAUUCGUCCGAGGCACCAAGAGCAAAUAUGUUCCUGAUGACGUUCUGCCCAUCAUUGGGCAAUUCUUUCCCAAGUUCCGAAUGGCGGAUCUUGACGCGGGUCAUUGGUGUAUCUCAGAGAAACCGGAGGAGUUUCGCCAGGCCGUGGUUGAGUUUUUGAAGGAGCAGGAGUAG